UGUGGUUUGGUUUGUUUUUGAAAAAAAAUAACAUUUAGUUAUUUUUGCAAUUGCAUCUUUGCAUAUAAUUCCUUACAAUAAAACCAAUCGAAGGGGGGCAGAAACCUCGCGAUGCAAGCUCGUCGUUCUGCAAAGAGAUCGAUUCUGGGCAGCCGGGUUUGCGCUCCUAGUCCGGCUGGGGAUGGGCAGCUCAUCCCCGGGGUGAUCCAGGCGCUCAAAUCCGAAAACAAGGAGUGUGGGGGGCGAUGCAACCUAUACACGGUCAUGCUGGAGGAUGGCACCCUGCGGGAAUACCCGGAGGAGGAGAUCGUCGUGAUGGGACCCGGUUUGCACAACCACGGCAAUAAAGUGCAGAUGAAAUGCAGAGAAAAGCUGUAUUGCAAUGGCCGUGACCCAUCCUGUGUCGCACCAUUGUAUGAUCAAAGUCACACUGAGAACCACCAGAAGGUGCUGGAGCAGCAGCUGCCCCUAGUGAGGAAGAUUGAAGCUAUGAAGAUACUGGAAACUAAAAAGAUCAGCUGGAUUCAGGAUCACGACAAGGACCACAUGCGACCUAUUGGAGCUGUUUCCGAUCAGAAAAGAAAAGUUGUUUCUUCCAAUAUUGAUGUCCCUCGUGCAAGAAAUUUCUCCGAGGAAGGAGAGAUGGACAAAGUAACAGCAGCAAUGGUUCUGACCAGCCUGUCCACUAGUCCGCUGGUUCGCAGUCCUCCCUCCGCAGUUCGUGUAGCAGAUCAGAAUGGUUCUUGGAAGGAACCAACUAACAUGUCAUCGAGCUACAGCAGCAGUGGCAACUGGAGCUGGGGGGCUCCAAGCGACCAGUCAAAUCCAUCUACCCCAUCGCCACCUUUAUCGGCUGACAGCUUCAAACCUUUCCGUGCAACUGUCCAGCCAGAUGACAGCAUUGAUGAGGCAGAAUCCGGCAGCCUGUUGUUUGAUGAACCCAUUCCGAGGAAGAGAAAGAACUCUAUGAAAGUUAUGUUCAAGUGUUUGUGGAAGAAUUGUGGAAAAGUACUGAGCACUGCUGCUGGGAUCCAGAAACAUAUUCGUACCAUCCACUUGGGACGUAACGUGGAUUCAGAUUGCAGUGAUGGUGAAGAGGACUUCUAUUACCAGGAGAUUAAACUGAACACGGAUUCCGUAGCUGAGGGUUUGGGUAGCCUUUCUCCAGUGUCACCAUCAGUGGUGUCACCACCUACGCUCUCAAGCUUGGAUUCAGGACGACCUGAAACCGCCGUCACCAGAACCGAGACCAAAACUACCACUCCUCUGAGUCGGUCCGCACCGACCUGCCUCUACCUCGUCCACACUGACCACGCUUAUCAGGCCACAGCACCCGUUAAUAUUCCCGGAUCAAAGUUCACACCUACCAGCAAUGGAUUCAGCAUCUCUUGGCAAUCUCCACCAGUUACCUUCACUGGCAUCCCAGUUUCACCAACCCAUAGUCAUACUGUGGGUGCUGGAGAGCAGCGUCAGCAGCCCCCCUCUUCACUCUCCUCUCCACCUAGACCUGUGGUUGGAGCAAGAAAAAUCCGUGGAGAAGGAAAGAAAUGCCGGAAAGUGUAUGGUAUGGAAAAUCGAGAUAUGUGGUGUACUGCCUGCCGUUGGAAGAAAGCGUGCCAGAGGUUUAUUGAUUAGAGGCGAGUUAUGAAAGGCCUUUAAGAAGAAUUUUUGG